AUGGAUUCUCACCUGAAUAAAAUGCUUUCAUGCUUGGACUUGGGAAGCCAUAAUGUUCGUAUCAUUGGCAUUUGGGGUAUGGGGGGUAUCGGUAAGACGACCGUUGCACAAGUGGUCUCUGAAAGGGUACAAGCUCAGUUUGAAGUUUAUAGCUUUCUUCCGAAUAUUAGAGAGGAAACUGGAAGGAAAGGUGCAGUUCAUUUACAGGAGAAACUUCUUUCAAACUUGCUGAAAAGCAAUGUAAAUAUACAGACCACUGAUAUGGGAGUAAAUGUAAUAAGGCAUAGACUGUGUUCUAAAAGGGUGCUCCUUGUUCUCGAUGAUGUGGAUCAGUUGGAACAACUGGAAAUGUUGUGCCACCGCAGUUGGUUUGGUUCUGGAAGUAGAGUCAUUAUAACAUCAAGAGAUGAACAUUUGCUCACAGUAUUUGGAGUAGAUGAAAUAUACAAAGUCAAUGCAUUAAGUGAUGUAGAAGCUCUUAAGCUCUUUAGCUUGAAAGCCUUGAAGAAAGACGAGCUGGUUGAAGAAAAUUUUCUCCAGCUAUCUAAGGAAUUUCUAAAAUAUGCUAAUGGUCUCCCAUUAGCUAUCAAAGUUUUAGGGUCGUUUCUUCAUGGCAGAAGCUUAAACAAAUGGUCAAGUGAAUUGAAUAACCUAAAAAAAAAUCCCCCCAAAAAAAUUAUCGAUGUGCUUAAAAUAAGUUUUGAUGGAAUGAAAGACGUUCAAAAAAAAUUAUUUUUGGACAUUGCAUGUUUCUUCAAGGGAGAAGAUAAAGAUCGUGUAACAAGUAUACUAGAAGGUUAUGGUCACUAUCCAGACAUUGAUAUAGAUGUUCUCAUGGAGAGAUCUCUAGUAACACUAUUUGGAAGACAAUUGUGGAUGCAUGAUUUGAUACAAGAAUUGGGUUAUGAAAUUGUUCGUCGAGAAUGUCACGAACAGCCCGGCAAGCGUAGCAGGUUGUGGGUUCAAGAGGAUAUCAUCCGUGUACUGAAAAAUAAUGAGGGAACCACUGAAGUGGAAGGCAUAUUCUUGAAUUUGCAACAACAACAGGAGGUUCCAAUUAUUGUUGAUCCCUUCUCAAACAUGCGGACACUGAGAUUACUCAAAAUAAGUAAUGUGUACUUUUCUGGAAACAUCCAAUUUCUCUCUAAUCAGUUACAACUUCUGGAAUGGCAUGCAUGUCCUUUGAAGUCCUUGCCAUCAAAUUUUCAAGCAGAUAAGCUCGUUGAACUCAAGAUGUGUUCAAGCCUUAUCAAACAACUAUGGGAGGGGAAGAAAAGCUGGAGCAUGCUAAAGCUCAUUGAUCUAAGUGAUUCCCAAUACUUGAUCAAGACCCCAAACUUUACUGAGGUUCCAAAUCUCCAGACUCUAAUGCUUCAAGGCUGCACAAGAUUGUCUGAGGUUCACCCAUCCAUUGGAGUUCUCAAAAGACUAGUUUUGUUGAAUAUGAAAAACUGCAUAUCUGUUAAGAGUCUUGCAUCUUCCAUCUGUAUGGAAUCUCUUGAGAUUUUAAUUCUCUCGGCCUGUUCAAGUCUGAAGAAGUUUCCCAAAGUUGAAGGAAACAUGAAAAGCUUGUUGAAGCUUUACUUAGAUGGGACUGCUAUAGAGGAAUUACCUUCAUCAAUUGAAUAUUUGACUGGUCUCACUUUGUUGGAUUUAGGGGACUGCAGACAGCUUUUGUGUCUUCCAAGUAUUUCAUGUCUGACAUCUCUGAAAAGUCUGAUUCUUACCGGUUGUUCAGAACUUGAUGCCGUACCUGAGAAUUUCAAUUGUGUGGAAUGUCUAGAGGAACUUGAUAUAAGUGGAACUGCAAUAAGAAUUUCAUCGUCCCUUGUAGGCAUGAAGAACCUAAAGACUCUAUCCUUUCGAGGAUGCAAAGAUCAGCCUUCAAAGCCAUGGCACUGGCUCUUUAAUUGUUGGUGGUGGGGCACAAGGGGUCAUGCUCCCAUGAGUCUGUUGUUGCCUACUUCAUUCUCAGGUUUGACUUCUUUGACAAAUCUAAACUUAAGUGAUUGCAAUCUGAUGGACGGUGGAAUUCCCGAUGAUCUUGCCAGCUUGUUCUCCUUAAAAAUGUUGAAUUUAAGAGGGAAUGAUUUUGUUCACUUACCGGAAAGCCUUUCUCAACUCUCAAAGCUUGAAUACCUCAACUUGAGCAAUUGUAGUAAGCUUCAAUCGCUGCCCAAGAGGCUUCCAUCAACUAUUCUACAUGUGAGUGCAGAAAAUUGUACUUCACUGACAGAUUUCCCAAAUCAACUCAAGAUUUUGACUUCACAAGCCAACCCGGGAAAUAUAACUACCAUCAAUUCCCUCACUUCAUCCCUGUAUGAAAAAUAUCGUACUUCAAAGUCUGAAAAACAAGAAGGUUGUACAUUACCGAGUGGCUUAACACAUUUACAUGUGGUGGAUUCAUCAUCUGUUCCGGGAAGUAGUAUCCGGAUGAGUUCCUGCCGGGAAGGGGAAUGGAAGCCAGCUACUGAGAUUUCAAUUGAAAGACAAGUACUUCGAAAACAGCUUGAGUUAUUUGAUUUUAGGUCAUCAGACAGUAAGAUACAUGCAGUUGGUCGUGAUCAAACUGUAAUUCCAGAGUGGUUCAACAUCAUAGCUAGCAGAUGUUCCAUAGGACACCCGUUGAUUCCAAAUUUAAAAGAUGAUAAGCAGUGGAUGGGGGUUGCCGUGUGUGCUAUUUUCUCAGUCAAGGAAUUACAAUAUCCUCCUGUCUCCGGCAUUGAAUUUGAUCCAGAAACUUCUAACUACUUCUACCGGUGCACAGUGGGAACAGCUGAAUUUGAUCUAGAACCAUGUAUCCUGUACGACGAGCUACAUCGCCAUGUUGUUACAUCUGGGUCUACUUUUGUUUGUAGUUUUUACGUCCCUUGGGUGCACUUUCCGGAGAUGUUAAAUGAAUCAUUUCUAAUGGUGGCUUUUUUUGACACCAACAACCCACUCAUGGAGGUCAAGAAAUGUGGGAUUCGUUUAUUAUAUGAGCAAGACAUUGAUGGGUUUAUUGAAACACUAUUGCAGUUGGAGUUAGAUGGUGGCCGUCAACAUCUAAUCCCUAAUUUUCUUACUACCGGAGAGAAACCUGAAAUUCCUUCCAACACCUGCGAAUUAAAUGAAGUUGAUAAAGCUCUGUUUGAGUCGGGAUGGUUUCACCUAGUAGACGAUAAUAUUUUGAGAUGGGAGAAAGUUAUUCCAAUUCGCGAAGAAGGUUCCAUCAUUAUGCUGAGAAAGAACAUCGAAUCUGUUCUUCCAAGAUACCUGGAGGGACUAAAUAACGAGACGUUUCAAUACUAUCAUUUUGAUCUAAGUGGAAGCCCAGCAUGGUUCAGUCCUCAAAUUGGGUUCACCGCGACAAUGGACCUGCGUGAUAAUCUACAAAAGAGUAAGAAGUGGAUGGGAUUUGCUCUAUGCGCUUCACUUACAGUGAAGGAGGAGGAUUACAGUGGUUCUUGUGAACUUCAAAUUGGUAUAUUUUUUUUAAGGGAAGGCGGCAUUUCUGGAAAGCUAUUUUCCACCCAAAAGAUAUCUCAUGGACUCGUCCUCAUUUACAUACCGAAAGCAAAAUUUUUGGAAGAUGAAUUCUCAGAAAUAGGUUCAGGUAGCAAGAUUUGCAUUGUUUGUAAAAGCGAUAACCCUGAUAUCGAAGUUAAAACCUGUGGGUUCCGUAUUUUGUACCAGCAAGAUUUACAAGGUUUUGUUCAGAGAAUCACCCACUGCAUAUUGCGUAGUUCAGAUUUCGACCAUUAUAAUAAAUUAGUGGUAGAAGAUUGGAUAAGUUUGAUAGGAUUGCAAAGCCCUAAAGUCCAUUUCGAGAAAACGAUACAAGAAGCUACUCCCACCGGGACGGUCUCAAGUCAACAGAAUGCAGAGAGCGUUGAAGAACUCCCUAUUCGGCGACCAGAAGUUAAGGCUUUUCAGUUUUCUCAGCAACUUAGACAUCAGGACUGGACUGUGUUUGGGCUUAACAGCCGUUUCCCUGGAAUCAAUAUUCCCAAGUGGUUCACGAAUUUGAACAAAGGCAGCUCUGCAGAAAUCUCACUCCCUCCAAAGUUGUUCGAUGAUGGUAACUGGUUGGGGAUUUCUGUUUGCGCUUAUGUCUCAGUCCAGCAACAUCCAACCAAUAUUAUUGACAUUAGUAAUCCAGAUUCUCAGAAUAGUCGUGAGCUUAUUUGUUAUCUGGAUUAUACCAAUGUUGUUAGGGUCAUCUCUCUCCCUUUCCCAGCUGAGGCAGGCCAUGGCAUGUGGUCGCAUCCAUGCGAUUUUAGUUGGUUCAUCUACAUACCGCGAGUUCGGUUUUCUAGUUUCUUGAACGAAUGCAAUGCAGCCACAGCAACCAUUGGGUCCAAUAGCCUUGACUUGGGACUACAAGAAUGUGCACUACGUCUUGUAUUUAAGGAGGAUGUAGAAGAUCUUAUACAGACCUUGUCCCUCUGUCACUCAUCUUCAAGAUGCCAUCACUGUGAGCAGGCUGCAGCUGGUAGUCAUGAUUCAAGAGAUUUGGCUUCUGCAUCUAUGGACUCUACUGCAAGGGUAUCACAUGUUGGGCCAUCCAAUUCCAACCAAUGAAGUUAGGGGCAUUUCAUUUUACACCCAAAUUUGAUUACA